AUGUUCUCGCGGUGGGGCCUGCGGGCGUCCACGGCGUGGAACAUCAGCGGCGAGCCUUGCAGCGGUGCCGCCGUCGACGACACCGACAUUGAUUCAGACAACAAACUCAAACUGGGCAUUAAGUGCGUCUGCUCCUACAACGUCAGCACCGUCUGCCACAUAACCCAGCUGAAAGUAUAUGCACUAGAUGUGGUUGGUCAGAUUCCUGCGGAACUGCAAAAUCUAACUUACCUGACAAACCUGAAUUUAGCGCAGAAUUACUUAGCUGGAUCUUUACCAGCAUUUCUUGGAAAGUUGACUCGGUUGCAGUAUCUAACUUUGGGAACCAAUGCAUUAACUGGAGUUCUACCGAGGGAGCUGGGUAACCUCGAGAAUCUCGUUGCGAUGGCCAUUAGCACAAAUAAGUUUGUCGGUCCACUCCCUGAAGUAGUAGAAAACUUGAGCAAUCUUGAGCAACUGUAUAUCGAUAGUUGUGGUUUAAGUGGAGAGCUGCCAUCUACCUUUUCCAAACUUAAGAACCUGAAAGUCCUAUGGGCAUCAGAUAACGAGUUUACUGGGAAGAUACCUGAUUAUAUUGGAAGCUUAUCCAAUUUGACGGAUCUGAGACUCCAUGGAAAUAACUUUGACGGUCCCAUUCCACCGGGUUUUUCUAACCUUAUCAACUUGGCAAAUUUGCGAAUAGGUGAUUUAACGGGAGAGGUGUCUUCAUUGGCUUUUGUGGCUAACAUGACAUCGCUGAGUACUCUAGUUCUGAGAAACUCCAGGAUAUCUGACAAUCUUGCUUCAGUGGACUUCUCAAAAUUUCUAACCUCAAUUAUCUGUAAGCAAUUUUGGACAAAACUUACGAGUUUAACAUUACCGAGGAACUGUUUGGAAUCUACUCUGUAG